UUUGUUAUAUUGUUCAAGCUGGAGAUUGGAGACGACGACUUCCCCCAGGAAUAACACUAAAAAGAGCAGACGAUGUUGAGGUUCAUGAUGUAGAACAAGUUCUCAUGGAUGUUGAUGACGAUGAUGUUCAAGAAGAUGAUGAUGAAGAGGAUCCUGAAGGUGAGGAUGCAGAUGACACUCUGGAGGAGAAUAAACCCGUAGAGGAGGAGAUCCUCUUGGAUCAACAAGAGUCGGGAGAAUUAACAGUCCCUAGACUACCAGCGGGUAUUGUUAUGACUGUCCUUCCACCAGAACAGGAAACCUCUGAGGAAGCAAUGAACAUUUCUAUGGAAGUUGUUUCUGAGAUGAAUGACGAACCAUCAACGAAUCCAUCUGAACCAUUGAUAACUGGAACGGAAGGAACGGAAGGAGGAGAAGGAGAAGAGAAUGAGGAGGAAAACAUGAUGAAUCAAAUCCUACACAUGGACGAAACAUCAUCCCAUAAUGAACCUAUUUCAUCUCCAAGUCGUGCAGACCAGUCGUCCAACCCUCCAACCAAUUUACAGAAUCAAGAACCCUCCUGGGAGAACCUUCCUCAAACUGACGGAGGUUAUGAUGAAGAUAAUCUUGAUGAAGAACAAGCAGUUCCUGAAGAUUCAGCACCUCUUGUUCAUCAACCUGGAGAAGAGCAAACUCUCCAAGAAGAAGCUGUUGUCCCUGUGGUUGACGUGCCCGGAGAAGGUUCUGAAAUUAUGCUAAAUCCUGAAGAUCAAUUGACCAAUCAAAUGAACUCUCCAGUUGAAGGUUUGGAAAUCACAGAGGAUACUGUUGAACUCAUCUCUGGUACUUCUGAUCCUGAUGCAGAUCAAGCAGCUGAGAUCUUUGAGGUUUCAGCUCAAGUAAGUGUACCUAAUGAUAAUCAAACCGAGUCCUCUGAAUCCCAUUCAAAUACAGCAGAACCAGCACAAGAUCUUCCUAUGGAAGUAUCUGUGAAUUCGGAUUUACAUUUCGAGGUUACUGAGGUUCCAGCAGAAACGGGAUUCCUGGAAGUUGUUCAUGAUAAUUCUUCAACCAAUGAAUCAGAGAAAAAAGUUGUUGGUAUAGAUCUUGGGUCUCUACUUGAACAGGAUAUUCUAGAUAUGGGUGAGGGACAAGAGUAUGGCGAGGUAUAUGAGGAGGAUGAGGAUGAGGUCAUGAAUGAGGAGGACGAGGAAGAUGAGAAAACUGAAGGAGAGGAGGAAGAGGAGGAUAAUUAUAAUCAACCUCCUCAUAAAAAGCAAAAGGUUGAAGCUGAGGAGGUCUGUCUAGAUAGUGACAGUGAGGAUGAAGAACCUAAAACCAAGUUCAGUGAACCUUUACCCCGAGGACUACCCCAGAUACCUGGAUUAACGGUCCAACCUCUCUCCCAGGCCCGACCUCAACCCCAAUCUCGUCUGCAGCCUCAUCUAGGACUAGAUCCAGCCUCUAUGUACGGACGUACUCCUCCCCUCGGCUCCAACAGUUUCCUCUCCAACCCCUCGUAUCUUCAGCACUAUCCCAGACAAAAUGGAGGAUAUUUCGACCACAUGGGAUACAGACAACCAGAGCAGCCUAAACCUAAACUUCGUGAACCUAAAGCAAUUGUAUUCCGAGGUAGACAAGUAUUGUUGAAACCCUUCUCCGCCUUGCCAUCUGACAUGCUCAAGCUUGUAAAGCAGAAGACCAAAGAGCCGAGUAUAUCCGGAUUGUCCGGCGGAUAUGGAUUCAGUUUACCUGGAUACGGACAGAUGACAGAUAUUACAUACCAGGUCUUGGAGCAGACAAAUCCUAACCUUAACCAAGGAUAUCCCUAUAGUGCUCCUAUGUUUGGGAAACCUAUGAGUCUACCCCCAGUUCAUCAUCAGGUGAAGCAGCAAAGUGCAGUCACGCUAAACACAUCCGUAGUAGAACUAGAUGUCACAGACGAUUCCGACGUCGUGGACGAUUCUAAAAUCGACGAAUCUGUUAUAAUUAACGUUUCUAACGUUAACGAGUCUGUUCUACUUGAUGAUUCUAAAGUUGAUGAAUCGGUCCUACUGGAAGAUUUUAAAGUUGAUGAAUCUGGAAUAGUAGAUGAUUCUAAAGUUGAUGAAUCGGUCCUACUGGAAGAUUUUAAAGUUGAUGAGUCUGGAGUAGUAGAUGAUUCUAAAGCAGAUGAAUCUGUUAUACUUGGGAAUCUUGAAGUUCUUGGCAAAUCUCCAAUGUUAAUCCCCUCGGAAGAAUCAAUCCCUUUACAAGGAGAGGCGGCAGGUUCUAAUUUAUCCCUCAACAUCCAACCAAUCUCCAGUUCCAAUCCAAGCUCAGAAUCUCAGCCUACCCCAAUACUAAACCUGGAUAUUGUGAGUUCGGGGUCAACCAACCGUCUUCAAGCCCAGAACGACGGGGGAGAGGCGAUUAAAGAAUCAUCAACCAACGGCGAAGACGAGAAAGAACACAACGAACCAUCUGCCGAUUCUACGGCAGAAAAUGUCCCAAUCGAAGCUUCUGAGAGUAUUAAAGUUAAUGAUGAAGAUGCGGAAAUGAUCAAGGAUAUGGAAGUGACCGUACAACCAGUUUCUGAACCAAGUUUGAUCCAGAAUUCGGUGGAGGUGAACUCUGUUCCUUCUGUAGAAUAGUGGAAUAUGCACUGAAGGAAGUGUAAACCUAUUACUGUGUAAUUUAUAUCAAAUUGCGAAGUUUUUCCAACUUACGAAGAAGAUGACGGAUUUCCAGUGUCUUUAAUCAUUUUAUGUUGACAUGUCUUUUCCUUGCUUAGUCUUAAACUUGUAUAAAACAAUAUUUGUGCAUUUAAUUGAUAAAUAAACAUGAAAAAUUGGA